GCAAUGCGUAACUAUCUAAAGAUGGAGUCGUAAGUUAUAUAAAGAAGGUCGGGCUGGUCGAUGAACAAUCUGUUGUCUCUUUCAACAUGGAGCUUCACCAGCGAUUGCUUUUUUCGUGUUUCAUCGUUGGUGUUUCGCAAGGAUUCCGAUAUUUCCAAGACACCAUACCCAACGGAGACUCGGUGCCUCAUCCCUGCAAGGUCAACUUCUUAUGGCGAGGGGUGGGGCACAAUAAUCCCCAGGGUGGGGGAGACAGGAAUCCAUUUGGUCUCGAUUUCCAGCAGGUGAAACAGUGGACUGAGGAACUAUGCCAGAAGGACUCUGACGGUGAUGGGCUGACCAAUGGUCAAGAGCUAGGAGAUCCUGAAUGUGUGUGGCAUCCCGGUCAGUUCCCUCAGAGGACCAACAACAUCACGCAUCCAGGUAUCUGUGACCCCUGGGGGAGUCCUAAAUGCACAGCCAAGAACGACUGGGUGUCUUGUACAGCUGGAGAGUUUGUUUGCAACGCCACAAAAGCUCCUGAGGUGAAGAAGUUCACGCUAAGGUUUCCACCGACGCGGGUUCCACCGACCCAGACCAACUACUACUGCAUGGGUUUCGACGUCAGCAACUACAUCGACAUCUCACAGGACUACCACCUGAUUGCAACUAAGCCAGAAAUCAACAACACCAACGUCAUGCACCACAGCAUCUUAUAUGGAUGCAACGAUGACGUUGUGCUGGCUGACCAUGCCACGCCCUGUUACAUGUCCCAGCAGGGAUGUUCGGAGCUCCUCGCAGGCUGGACCCUGGGGCUGGAUGGAACGUGUGAAUAUGAGGAGGCUGGUUACCUUAUUGGUCGUAGUGGCAACAGGAAGAUGGUCAUGCAGUUUCACUGGACAAACCCUGAGUUGAGGAGUGACUACGUUGACAACUCUGGUAUGACGUUAUAUUACACACCCAAGCUGAGACGGUACAAUGCUGGGAAAAUACUGACCGGACAGCUGUAUCUGGAGAUCCCGCCUGGGGCCGAGCGGGCCACGUUCGAGUCUACAUGCACAGGAGAGUGCACCAACAAACUGAUGAAUGGCGACAUCCACAUAACGUCUGGUCUCAGCCAUAUGCAUUACCUAGGAUUCAACGAGCAGGUUGAGUUAUACCACCAAGGUGAAAGGACUCACAUCAUCAACGACCCACACUAUUCCUAUGACAAUCCGCAAACUCACAGGUAUUCCAACCAAAUACAAAUGAAACCGGGAGACAGCUUGAAGACAACAUGCGUCUACAGAUCUGUGUCCAAGACCCGCACGACAAUGUACGGAGAAGGUUCUUACGAUGAGAUGUGUUUUGCUAUAUUGUCCUUCUUUCCUAAGGAAAACAUGACAGAUAAUUGCUACAAUUGGAAGCAAUUCGACCUCUGUAAGUUCAAGAACAAAGAUCGUUUUAUUGACGGAUGUAACUUGAAGAUGUUCCUCGACUUAACUAGUUCAGAGAUGCGUCAAAUGGUUAAUGAAGUGAUGAGCAGCUGCAACCACUACGGCCCGUGCAGACCGGAAUGCCCAGCUGUUAUUGGCCGACUCAACAAACAUCCUUGUCUGCAAGGCCAACUGGGGGAGUUCCUGCUCACACGUUUCGCUGAAAGUCGUAAUUCUGAUAAGAUCAAAUUUGUGCAUGCGCUGCGGUCAUGUGACCGUCAAGCAAAUCCCACAGAAAUGAAAAAUACUAUGCCUUCAGGUGCAGCCUCUUCCGCUGUCUCUGGCAUGGUUGUAGCAUUCGUGGCAACCCUUGGUCUGUAAGUCGGCCCUGACUCUCGAGGGGGAGCAGCAAUCUGAAGAUGACCUUUUGCAUACUUCACGUGCAUGAAAAAGACUAAUGCAAACUACAUCUGAUGUACGUUAAUAGUUCGUUCUGAAAUGGACAAAUAAAUAGUUUCUCAUUCACAUUU